AUGGCUCGAAUCGCAGUGGCACAGCACAACGCGGCCAAGAAUGGCAGCCUAGAACCGAUCAGUCUGGCGCGGGUAGAGCGCGCAGGCGACUGGAGCGCGCAGGCGACUGGAGCGCGCAGGCGACUGGAGCGCGCAGGCGACUGGAGCGCGCAGGCGACUGGAGCGCGCAGGCCACGGGGAGAAGCGCCUCUGACUGACGGCGCUCAGCCUGCUGCGCGGCCGCACCGCCUCCUACGGCGCGCUCGUCUCUUGGAACCUUGCCUUGCCCGCGCAAUCCGCUCCGCACUCACGCCUGCUGCCCUUCCACCACAUGUAGGCGCUCCGGCCGCUCCAGCAGCAGCAGCAGCAGCAGCAGCAGCAGCAGCAGCAGCAGCAGCAGCAGCAGCAGCAGCAGCAGCAGCAGCAGCAGCAGCAGCAGCAGCAGCAGCAGCAGCAGCAGCAGCAGCAGCAGCAGCAGCAGCAGCAGCAGCAGCAGCAGCAGCAGCAGCAGCAGCAGCAGCAGCAGCAGCAGCAGCAGCAGCAGCAGCAGCAGCAGCAGCAGCAGCAGCAGCAGCAGCAGCAGCAGCAGCAGCAGCAGCAGCAGCAGCAGCAGCAGCAGCAGCAGCAGCAGCAGCAGCAGCAGCAGCAGCAGCAGCAGCAGCAGCAGCAGCAGCAGCAGCAGCAGCAGCAGCAGCAGCAGCAGCAGUAGCAGCAGCAGCAGUGGCCACAGCGGGAACAGCAGGAGGGGGAGGUGGGGGAGGAGGGGAAUACAGCUUGAGGUGGUUCAGCAUGCAGGCAGGGUCGGAGCAUGCGAGCAAGAAGAAGGAGCAGGAGACUGCACUGAGGCACGUGGUUCAGCGGCCGACCGUUGCAUGUGGCGAUGAGUUGACUUUCAUUGACCUGUCAGGGGAGGACGUGCAGCGAGUGGCAAGAGAGGUGGUGGCGAGUGAGAAUGAGAGGCAGGCGACUGCGCUGCUGCUGAUCUCAGAGCUGGAGGCGCAAGUGGUGGUGGUGCCGGGAUACAGAGAGUACACGCUCACACUGCUGGCAGCAGAUGAGAGCACCCGCAUGGCAGCAGAUGAGAGCACCGCAUGGCAGCAGAUGAGAGCACCGCAUGGCAGCUCACUAGGCCUUGCACCCGACUCUACUGGAUGUGCUUGUAGCGAGGGCGAAUGUGGUGGAAGGCGUAGGGAUCAACCACAGGGCGUGACUGUAACAACAGUAGUGGAUAGAGCACCUGCAGCAACAGCACCUGCAGCUACUGGUAUCAGCCGAGCUGAACAGAUGAUUUCUGGGGAGCAUGAGUGUGGGCACUUGAGGUUUACAUGUGAUGCCCACACGUGUGCUUGUUUUCUUUCUACAGAGGAAUGUAUGUGCACUGAACAACACACGUGGGUAUAG